UUGUUUUGCUCUUUUGCCCCGCAGGAAAAGGAAGGUGUCGACGCAGUAUCUGUUGGGGCGAUUCUGUCCGAUUACCAGAGGGUUCGUGUGGAAAAUGUAUGUUUGCGACUUGGUUUGCAGCCGUUGGCCUACCUGUGGCGCCGGGACCAAGAGUCCCUGCUCUCCGAGAUGAUAUCAUGUGACCUACAUGCCAUCCUCAUCAAAGUGGCCGCCUUCGGUGAGUUUGUGUCUCAGCCAGCUGGCCUGGAUCCUGAGAAGCACUUAGGAAAAUCCCUGGCUGAUGUGGAGCCCUAUUUGAAACAGCUGUCCCAAAAGUACGGAGUCCAUAUAUGUGGAGAAGGAGGUGAAUAUGAGACCUUCACCCUUGAUUGUCCUCUCUUCAAAAAGAAGAUAGUCAUUGAUGCAGCAGAGACAGUGAUCCACUCAGCAGAUGCCUUUGCUCCAGUUGGCUACUUGCGCUUCACCAGCAUGCACACAGAGAACAAAGACAGCGAUGUGGUGACGAGAGCUCUGCCCCAUGGUAGUUGUCCUUGCCAGAGCGCCAUUGACAAGAUGACUGAGGAGGUGAAAUAUGCUGAUCAAGUCGAAGACAACCAGCACAAAUUUACAUCAGAUUGUGACCUUAGUUGUCAGUGGGGCCACGAUGUCUCUCCAUCCUGCUCACCUAGGAGCUCCAAAGGUUAUCAGUGGAUCUGUGGCAUCAAUGGGCUUCAGAGUGAAGACCCUGGGAUUGAGAGCCAGACAUUGGCAGCUUUCACACAGUUGCAAAGUGAAUUGGACAGCAGGCGUUGGAAGAUAGAGAAUAUCGUCUUGGUUCACCUAUAUGUGAGGAACAUUCAGGACUUUGUGUCUCUUAAUGCAGUUUAUAAGAAUUACUUUGACACAAACCCCCCUGCUAGGGUGUGUGUCCAGGCACCUCUGCCAGCCGGCCAGCAGCUGCAGAUGGACUUCCUGCUCCAUGACUGGACUGAGCCCUUGGAGGAGGGCUGCUUCAAGCAGAGAGAGACCCUACAUGUCCAGAGCCUGUCCCACUGGGCCCCAGCUAACAUUGGGCCAUACAGCCAGGCCCUUAGGGUGGAAGAGGUGGUCUUCUGUGCUGGUCAAAUUGCUCUGGUCCCGUGCACCAUGCAGUUGGUACAGGGUGGCACCUACACACAGGCCCUGCUGUCCUUCAGCCACGUGAAAAGGGUUCUGGAGGCCGUGGUCAGCAGCUUGACUCUGGCUCAUGUUUUCCAAGCUCACUGUUACACCACGAGACACCAGGACAUGGGGAUGAUCAGAGCCGUCUGGGAUAGUGUGCUGAGGGCCUCGACUGAAGGGAAGAGACCCAAACCGCUGCUACUGAUAUUUACCACCGCCACCCUCCACCCUUACCUCCAUUCUGCCACCCUGGCUUACAACCUCCGUUCCCUGCAUCUAAUAGGGUCUCCAGUCUCCCUUGGCAGCCCCUCUUCUCCUCCUCCAGUAAUCUGUCUAACCAUGGGAAUAGGGCCUCAGGGAGAGAGGCAGAAGCCCACCUCUAACAUGUGGCUGGGUGAUUUGUGGUGGGAAUCUGAGAUCAAAUCUCUGCCGUUAUUGAUCGCUGUGGUGCCUGCCUUACCCAAAGAGGCAACCGUUGAGCUUCAUGUAACUGCAACCGAGGAUGAACCCACCGGACGAAAGUCCACCCACGUGACCAAGAAGGUGGCGUGUGGAUCGAUAGACUGCCACACCGUAUUGUCUGCUGAUGGGGAGAAUGGUUCCCUGUCGCUUUCCCUGGAGGUGCCUGGUGAUGAUCCGGGGGUCAUCGAUGUGAAGCAUGUAACAGAAGACAUCGUUUCGGCAUUCAUCAAAGCCAUGAAUAUGAAGGAUGCUAAGCUGGUGCCACUGUGCGCAAGAGUCUUCUACAAGAGUAGCCACUCACUGGCACAGCAGAUUGUUCAAGAGUUUAAACUGCCCAGGCCCACCUUUGAAUGUCCUGUGGAGUGUUUGCUGUGUGUGAUUCACUCCUUCGGGGCGUUGGGUGGAGCCUCUAUGGAUCGUGUUCUCUUCUCUAUAUUCCCAUAG